AUGUCUACUUCAAAUUUAUUUAAAAUUGAAGAUGAUGAUUCUAUUUCUUGUCUUCAAGAAGGAUGUACUUAUAAAAAUCGUAAACUUAUUAAUAAACAAAAAAAUAAAAAAAUUAAAAAUGAAGUAAUCUUUCUUGAAGAAAAUUUUAAUGAAAAUGAAAAUGGAAAAAAGGUUAUAUAUUACGAAAAUUCAGAUGUUGUAUUUUAUUUUUAUGAACCUGGUGGAAGUGGAAAAUCUGGGUUAGUUACGGAAUUAUUUGGUAAUGAAUUAUACAAGAAACUAGAAAUUAUAAAAUCAGAACCUGAUUAUUGGGAUGGUUAUAAUGGACAAGAUAUUAUUCUUUUUGAUGAAUGUGAUACAAAGAUUAAUUAUAGUACUUUAAUUAAUUUUUUAAAUGGUAUCAAAACUCAUAUAGAAACUAAAAAUGAAUUUGUUCUAUUUUGUACAAAAUAUAUAUUCAUGACAAGUACAAAAACACCUGGUGAAGCAUUUGGUUUUGAUGAUUCAAAUAAACGUGAUCUUGACAAUAAUAAUCUUGAAAGAAGAACAACAGAGAUAAUAUUUCAUAAAGGUGAUGAAAGAAAAUUCUGUAAUAUAGAAUGGAAUAUUGAAUACCAAAAAGGACAAUAUAAUUUUGAUACAAUUAAUGAAGAACAAAAUAAAAACAUCGAUGGUUAUUUUGUAAUUGAUAAUGGAAAAAUUUAUUUUCAACAAAAAUUUCCAGAUUAUAUAAAAAAAUAUCUUUUGGAUUUUUCUAAUUCAAAACCUUUAUCUGAAUACAAAAAUGAAAAAGAACAAAAAGAAUUUUUAAAAUUAAUUAUCAUUAAAUUAGAAAAUUAUAAUGACUUACAAAAAAUGUGUUUUUUCGAAAGGGAUAAUGAAAUAUUAAAUCUUGAUGAUUUUCAUUAUGAACAAGAUGGUAAUUCAUGUACACCACAGAUUACUAUAGCUGUUAAAGAAAGAAAAUGGUUUUUAAUCGAUAAUGAUUCGAAUUAUAAUUUUUAUUAUAAAAAUCAAAAAUUUUUAAAUUUGGAACCACGUCAAUAUAAAAUUAGUCACUGUGGGAUAAAUGGAACUAAUGAUUAUAUUUUUUUCAUGUGUGAAAAUAAGAAAAUACAAAAAAUUACAAAUUCAUAUACAUGUGAAUUCAAUGGAAAAUCUUUAGAGAAAAAAAUUGUUAAUAGAAUCGAAUGUUUUAAAAUAAUUGAUAUUGGUAAAUAUACUAUCUAUAAAAAUUCUACAAAAAUUCUAUUUUUCAAUAUGUCAAAACCACCUACACCUACUGAAAAUUCUUCUGUUGAUCUUACCAAUAAAAAUGUUGCUACCACCACUCCUCUGCAAACUAAUGGCACUUCUACUACCACCACUUCUAUCCUACAAACUAAUGGAAAAAAAGAACUUGAAAACGAAUUAAUCGAAGCUAAAGAGGAAUUAAAGGCAAAACGUUUAAAGAAAAAAUUGAAACAAUAUGAGUUGAAUGAAUAA